AUGUUAAACAAACGUACACCAUUAGCUAAUAUGGAUAAUAAUAUUAAUCAUAGUAAUUAUGCAGCAACAACAACAAUUAAUCGUCGAAAACAUCAAAGAAAAUCAUUGGCAACAUCGUCUGCGGUUAAUCAAUCGCAAUCACAAAAACAACAAUCCGUUAUAAUAAAUGCUGCAUCACAAUUAUCAGCUGUAACUUUGCGACAAUCAUCCGCAUCCGCAUCACGUCAUCGUGAACAUUCACAAUCAAUGAUUAAUUAUGAAAAUCCAUAUAGCCUUAAUCAACAACAACAACAACAACGUGGAACAAUUAUUUUGCCACCGCCGCUACCAUUAUCACCACCUUCAGUAUCAACAACAAUUAAUCCGAUAAAAAACCAAUUAACAAAUCGAUCUUCAUUGAUAAAUUAUGGUCAACAUAAUCGAUCCAUACCUGUAUCACAACAACAACAACAACAGCAACAUGUUAUACAACAACAACAACAACAACGUAUACCAUGUUAUUCAUCAACAAUUUAUGGUAAAACAAUUGAUACAUUAAAUAAUAAAGAUUUAAUUAAUAAAAAUCAACAACAACAACAAACAAUUGAUUUAUAUGGAUCUCAUUAUUCGGGUAAUCAACCAACACAAACAACAUCAUCAUCAUCAACAUUAGUUGAUUAUUCGGUUGUAUCGGCACAAUCACAGGAUAAAAAUCUUUUAAGACAUUAUUAUGAAAUGCGUCAACAACAACAACAACAACAACAACAACAUUUAAAUCAUAUUCAUCAUCAACAACAACAACAACAACAAACGAUUACAAAUCAAAAUCGAAAUACACAAUAUUCAACCAUGUUGACUAAUAAUACAGGAUAUCCUAUUAGUAAUAAUCAUCAUCAUCAACAUCGUAUUAAUCCUGUAACAACAACAACAACAACUGCUGCUGCUGCUGCUGUCAAUACAAAAUUAACAACAGAAAAUAUUUAUUCAACGGUUAUUGGUUCAAUAAAUAAUAAUUAUUAUAAUAAUCUUCAAUCAGCAUUAAAUAAUUUAGGUAGUAAUAGUGUCGGUGGUGUUGGUAAUAAUAAUGGUAAUCAACAUUCUUCAAAUAAUAUGGCUAUUAUGGCAUCAAUAUCAGCCGCAUCAAAACCAUCAUCAUCAUCAUCAUGUUCAUCAUCAAAUAAUAAUCGUUCCUAUAAUAAAGAUCAAAGCUCAAAUUUUGCUCAUCCAAUUUAUGAUACGAUUUUAUCAUCAAGAGCAAGUGUUUCAAGUACGCAUAGUUCAUCGGGUUCCACUGCUUUUGCAGCGGCAGCAGCAGCCGCUACCACCGGUCAUCAUCAAUAUUCAUUAUCGGAAAAUAUUUAUGGAUCCAAUAUCGCUAAUAAAACGUCAAUGAUUAUGUCACAGUCACAUCAACAACAACAACAAUAUUAUGAUGAUCAAUCAACAAUUUUACGAUCACAACGAUUACGUAUACCAUCAUCAUCAUCAUCGACAACAUCAAUAACAGCAAAUCAAAAUCAAAAAUCAACAACACCGACAACAACAACAAUAUUACCACCGAUAACAUUUAAUGGAUCAUCAUCAUCAUCAAUAUUGGGACAACAAACACAGAUUAUUAAUUCAAAUUCAAAUCAUAAUCAUCAUCAUUCACUUGGUUUAAUUGGUGAUCGUAAUUCAUAUGUAUCAAAUAAUGGCGGAUCACAAAUCGAAGUAAAAUGGAUAAAAUGUUCAAAUGAUGGUUCACCUGGUUCAACAAUUUCUGAUCCAAGUAAAGCACAAUCAGAUGAUUAUCGUUUAAUUACAAUUGAUCGUAGUUCAGCAACAUUAGGUAUACGUAUAUUACGUACAUUUAAUGAUCAAAAAGGUGUUUUUGUUGAAGCAGUUACUGAAGGUAGUUUAGCUGCACAAGCUGGUAUUCGUAUUGGUGAUCAAAUUAUUGAUAUUUGUGGUUUAAAUAUGCGUACAGCUGAUUUUGAAAAUGCAGCUAAAGUUUUAAAUCAAUGUCGUGAUCCAAUAACAAUGUUACCAGAAUUGAUUGCAGCAAUUUCUGCUUCUGUUGAUCAUCAUCAUCAUCCAAAUCAUCCAAAUCUUAAUAAUAAUUCAACCCGUUUACGUGCACCAAUUAUUGGACGUAAUCAAACAACUGAUUUAAUUGAAAAUAAUAAUAUUGUCGUUAUUAUUGAUGACGAUGAUGAUGAUGAUUGCGAUGAUGACGAUGACGACGACGACGAUUGCGAUGAUGAUGAUGAUGAUAAUGAUGUUAAUCGCAAUGAAUUUAGUUGAUUUUUUUUUUGAUUGAUAAAAAUCCAUUGUUUUACUUAUUCUUGCCAUAUUUAAUUUUUAUUUAAAAAAAAUUAAUUUUUUAAAAAUUUAAAUUAAACUUUUUUUUUUCGCUAA